GCCCCCUGGCGGCCGAAGAGGAGCGGCCGCGGAAGCCCCACAUCAUUUUGGAAGCCCCUUGGAAACACUGCAGGAUGGAUGGGAAGGAGAAGGGGGACAACAUCGAGGAGAGGCUGGAGAAGCUGAGGGAAUCCCUGCAGAUCCCCCCGGGAGCGCCCCCGCCGUCCCGGCAGCGGCGGCUCCAGGCGUGUGACCGUGUGCUCCGAUCGUGUGUGGAGCAGCUGGGCCGGGAGGGUCCCCCCUCCUUUGGACCCCCCCUCAUGGCCCUGGCCCAGGAGGCCGCCAGGGGCUACCUCAGCAUGGUCCCGAACCCCCCGGGCCUGUACUUGGAGAAGAUCCUCUUCCACUUGCUCAGGAACGCCGUGAAUUCCUGCUGGAGGACCGGGAAUUCCUGCUGGGCUGUGGCUGAGCUGCUGCGGGAGCGACUCCGAACCUACACCCCCCUCCAGGACCCCCCCAAAGACUUCACCACUGUCACCUACAACACCUUCUGUGUCCUCUGGAAAGGGGCAGCGGCCCUGGCAGGGCCUGACCGGCCUCGGGAAGAGGGAAGAUCCCUGUUUUCUGCCCAGAUCCGUGCCCUGCGCUUCCUGCUGCUGCUGGAGCGGGACGGGGGGUCUCUGCCCCCUCUGCAGCCCCCCUUCUUCACCUCCCAGACAGCCCAAAAGGCAGCAGCAGCCUCUGCCCUUUAUGAGGCCGAGAGGGCUCCCUGCCCUGUGUUCCUGGCCCGGCAGCUCAGGGAAUUCCUCCUGGAGACUCUCCGGGAGGAAGCCCCAAAUCCUCCCGGGAUCCAACACUCCCUGUGCUUCCUGGAGCUCACCCUGGAGUGCUCCAGGCACCUCUGCAGGGCUGGCAGGUUCCACGAGGCCCUGGAGGCCCUGGAGGAGGCCAAGGCAUUCCUGGGGCGCUCUAGGGAGGAUUUGGGGGCCCCCCUGGCGCUGCUGGAGGCUGGGAUCCAGCUGGGAAAGGGGAGGUCCCCUCCAGGGCCCCUGCUGUCCCAGGCAGCUGCAGCGCUGAGGGGGGAGGGCUCAGAGAGGACCCUCAGGGUGCUGCUGGAGGGGGCCCGGUUUGUGACAGCCCAGCUCGGGGAGGUGACGAGGAGGAGUCGGGAGCUGCCCUUCGGCCUCGAGGACCUGCCUGGGCUCUGUGCCUUCACCGAGGGGCAUUGCUGGGCCCUGCAGCGGCUGCUCGGCAGGGUGCCCCCCGAUGCCCUCAAGCAGCAGGUGACGGUGAAGCAGCUCCUAUUCCGGAGCCUCCAGCUCUUCUCCAACACCAUCCACGACACCUUCCGGGGCUCCCAGCCCUCAGGGUGGCUGGGGCUGGCCCAGGUGAGCAGGACCUGCACCCAGAGCGUGACCUGGAUGGUGGAGGCUCUGGGGGGGCCCCCCGAGACCGACAGGGCCAAGUUCCUCGAUGUCACCGCCUCGUGCACCUUCAAGCUGGGCUUCGCCUUCCAGAGCUGGAACUUUCUGGAAGAGGCCGGAACCAUCUGCGAGCCCUUCUGCAGGGGGGUGGUGGAACUGGGGGGCUACGGCUGCCCUGACACCCCCCCAGAGAGGCUCCACAAGUGUUUCCGGAUGCAGGUGGAGAGCUGGAAGCGCCUGGGGCGGACGCAGCAGGCUCUGGGCUCAGUGACCAUGUGGCUCCUGGCCCUGGCCCAGCCUGGGGGACCCCUGGCCCAGACUGGGGGGGUCCUGAGGGCCCAGCCUGGGGGGCUCCUGCACGAACCUGUGGGACUCUGGGCCAGGAUCAAAUCGGAGGCGGCCAAACAGGGCCAGGAGGAGCUGCGGCUGCGGACCCUCAGGGACUCCCUGGAAGGCCAUUCCCUGGACUGGGCCACCCUGGUGUCCCUCCUGCUGGCCGAGCUCCAGGCUUACAAGUGCCUGAAGUGGGACACGGGGCCGGAGCGUUACAACGUCCUGUGUGACCUCCUGGAGCUCUGCCCCGAGGACCCCAGGGGGCUCCUCCCGAGGGCUCUGGGGCUCCUGGAGCUGGCCCAGGUCCUGUGCUACCACAGCUUCGCCCCCCACACCGACUGCUCCGCGCUGGACGCGAUCCGGGAGGCCCUGAGGCUGCUGGAAAAGGUGCCCCGGAAUUCCCAGAACCGGGAUCAGCUCCUGGAUGAGAAGGCCCAGGCCCUGCUCUGGCUCCACAUCUGCACCCUUGAGGCCCACAUGGAAAAGGGCAUGGAGAGGGAGCAGAGGGGGAGGACCCAGGGCAGCAGGAACCUGGAGGAGUUUGAACCCAACGACCUGAAUGCCGAGGGAAGGGCAGGAGAGGAGCUGGAUCCGCAGGAUGGGAUCAGCUGCACCCUGGACACCGACAGGGCUCUGACCAAAAGCCUGGACGAAGCCUUUUCCCUAUGGAAGCAGCUCCUGGAAUCCCCUGGAAUUCCCUGUGUUCGGAGCCUGGAACAAACCAUGACCUCCCUGCACCUCCUGGCCACCCUCUACAAGCUCCUGGCCAAGCCCAUCCAAGCCCUGGAGAGUUUCCUGCUGCUCCGAUCCUUGUGCCGGAGCCUCAGUGACACUCCCGGCGCUGCCUGGGCCUUGUCCCACCUCACCCGCCUGCUCCUGCAGCUGGAAUGUCCCACCCAUGCCCAGGUUUUCCUGGAAGAGCUGGAGUCCAUCCUGAGGGAAUUCCCAGGUGGAGAUGAAUCCCAGCAGCUCCUGCAACAUUCCUGCCUCCUGCUCCGGAGCCACCUGUGCUGUGUCAGCCAAAAAAUGGAGGAGGGGCUGUCCCUGCUCCUGCAGGUUCUCCAGAGCCCCCUGGCCCAAAAGGCCACCAAGGGCUGGUACCUGCUCCAGGCCCAGGGGCUCCAGGUGGUGGCCACGUACCUGGGAAUGGCCCCUGCACACCUGGAUCCAGAGCUCCGGCACCAGCUGCACCGGAAAGGCUGGAAGACCCCCAAGGUGGCCCUGAUGGAGGUCCAGAAGCUCCUUCGCAGUGUCACCAUCUUCCUCCUGGGCUUUGACAUCCUGGGGGGCUCCCGGAGCAACGAGGGGGCAGAGCAAUUCCAGGACUAUGGUGCCAACGUGGUGCUGAAGUGGGAGGUGCUGGGGGAGGCCCUGUGGUGCUGUGAGCGCCUGGUGACGCUGCUGGGCCGGGCCGAGGUGCUGUGCCGGGCCAGGGCCUUCUGUGGGGAGGCCCUCAGGCUGUCCGGGCUCCUGCAGGGCACACGCUGGUGCACGUCAUUCCUGCUGCUGAAAUCCCAUCUGGAGCUGCAGCAGGGGGAGCUGGAGCUGAGCCAGCUCAACCUCCAGCACACCCUGUUCCUGCUGCAGCCCCACCCAGAGCACAACCCCCCCCCAGGAGCCCCUGCUCCCACCCAAGAUCCACCCGAGGAAGGGCCACAUGGAGCCGAGGAGGCGCUGGGACCACCCCAAAAACCCCUCGGGGGAGGAGGAGAGGGGUUCCUAAAGGGCCCUGCCCUGGAAUUCGUGGCUCCUUCAAGCUCCCAGGACCCUCUGAGUGCCCUCACAGCCUCCCCUAAGCUGAAACCCGGGAAGAAGAUGAGCCUGGCCUUCCUCUCCCACCCCUGGAGCUGCCCCUGCUGCCUCUGCUCAGACCUGGUGGUGUCGGUGCUGGGCCUGCGCUGGGCCCUGGCCCAGGCCCGGGGCCGGGUCCUGGCAGGGGAAGGGGCAGCGGGGGUGGCCCUGGUGAGGAGGGUCCUGCCCCGCUGUGCCAGGGUGGGCCACAGGUUUGCCAGGGAGCUCAGCGACAGGCUGGGAGGGCACCGCAGAAAAGGGGAGCCCCCCGGGGACAGGGACCACCCUGGGAACCAGGACUUCUCUGGGACUGGGGACCCCCUUGGGAACCAGGACCUGGGGCUGGAGGACCCCUGUGAGGACCAAGACCCUGCUGAGAACUGGGAUCUGCCCACCCUGGACCCCCAGAACCCCCCCAGAAUGAGACCCCAGCCCACCCUGGGUCUGCUGGACGAGCUGGUGGCCAUGGGCUACUCCACACUGGCCCUGCAGAGCCUGAGCGGUGCCGGGGGGCUCUGGGACCCCCAGGACGAGGAGCUGGAGUGGGGAUUGACGUUCCUGGGGUCCUGCAGCCCCCACCUGCCCGGCCUGGGAGUCUCCAGGGCCACCCUCCUGCUGGCUAAGGCCAUGGCCACCCUUGGCCACCUGGCCACCAAACUGGGCCUCUCUGUGGACGAUGUCCUUGGCCAGGGCUGGACCCUCCAACUGCAGCCUCCCCCCCCCAAAAAAGACCCUGAAAGACUCCAAGGCCCCCCCAGCCCCCAGGACGUGUUUGCUCCGGGGGACUUGGACUCUGAGGUUGUGCCCCCCAUUGUCAUCAGGGGGCCCUGCACCCCCCACCCCAAAGCUUUUCCCUCCUUCCCGGGGCUCCCUGGCCUCCCCAGGACCCCCUUCACCAUCUACAACGAGGCCUCACCCCCUCCUUGCAAGGCCCAGCUCAGCAGAGCCCCCCAGAGCCCAGGGGAGGGUCAAGUCCUGCCUAAAGGAAUGGGGGUCAGACGACAGCGGGGGAGGCCCAGAAAGGACCAAGGAAGCCCCCAAAAAGCAGCUCAGAAGAAGGAAAGGGGGACACACUGGGCUGGGGGUUCCAGGAGGAAGAAGGAGCAGGAGACCCCCCAAAAUGUGGCUCUGGAGGAGAAGAAAAGGGGAACCCGCCGGGCUGGGGGUCCCAGGAGGAAGAAGGAGCAGGAGACCCCCCAAAAAGGGGCUCUGGAGGAGAAAACAAAGCAGGGACCUCCCUCCCAGGGGGUGCUGGAGGGGCUGAACCCCCUGAGGGCCGUGGAAGAAGAGGAGGAGGAAGAGCUACGGCUCAGCUUCGAAGUCUCCCAGGAGUGGGGGGGACCCCCAGGGAGGGUCCAGCCCAAGGCCAGUGAGGACGUCCCAGGCAGGGGGGACCCCUCACCAGGUUUGGGGGCACCCUUGGCCAUGGCUAGAGGUCACCCAUCCCUGGACUCAGUUGUGGAGCUGCUGCAGGAGGCCCUGGGCUGGAUCAGCCACUUCCCCCCGGGGUCCCUGUAUGGGGGGCUGUGCCAGCUGCUGGCCCUGCUCACGGGGGACAGGGACCCCCUGGGCACAGCGGGGCUGCUCUCGGAGUCCUUGUAUGUCACUGCCCGCCACCAACUGCUGGGCAUCCUGCACAGCCGGGCAAGGAAGAAGAGGAAGAAGGAGAAGUUGGGAGGGGAUGUGUCGGAGCAGCUCCAGAGCCUUUCCCUGCGGGAAGGGGGGGACCCCCCCCAGCCCUGCCCCCGCCUGGCCCAGCUCGAGGAGCUCUUCCAGUUCAGCACCUCGGGGCUGGGGACUCCAGAGAGGGAACAAUUCCGGGAGCAGAUCCAGCAGAUCCCCAGUGGGAUGACCGUGGUCCUGCUGGCCCUGGGCAGCCCCUGCCCGGGGGCUGUUGGGGACACUCUGCUCCUGACGCGGCUGGAGAGGGACAUGGAGCCCCUGAGCAUCCGGAUCCCCACCCACAGGUCCCAGGCCCCCCUCAGCUCCAUCCUGAGGGAAUUUGAGUCGAUCCAACGUGAGCAGAAGGAAGCCAACGGAUGCACAGACAAGCAGGAGUGGUGGUCACGGCGUUCCCGGCUGGAUCAGAGGAUGAAGAUCCUCAUCCAGAGCCUGGAGUCCCAUGUUUUGGGGUGCUGGCGGGGGCUGCUCCUGCCCAGGUCCCCCAGGAGCUCCCCCAGCUUGGCCGAGGAAUCCUCUCGGCUCAUCCCGGAGCUGCGGAGCUGCGGCUGGAAUGACCCUGACCCUGCCCUCGUCCAGGUGCUGCUGAAUGGGGCCCCUGCACUGACCCCCCCUGACAUCCAGGCCUUGGCCUUCGGCCUCUGCCCGGCCCGGCCCCUCCGGGCGCGGCUGCUCCUGGAGGAGGCCCUGGAGGGGGCCCUGGAGAGGGACCGAGGGGACAGCAGGGGGUCCCUGGUGCUGCUGCUGGACAAGCACCUGCAGCGUCUCCCCUGGGAGUCCCUCCCGGCCCUCGGGGCCGUGCCGGUGACGCGGCUCCCAGCCCUGCGGUUCCUGCUCAGCUAUGUGAUGGCCCAGCAGAGCUCAGGGUCCAUCCUGGCCCGGGGGGUGAACCCCAAAAGCACCUUCUACGUCCUGAACCCCCACAACAUCCGGGGGGGCCCCCGGGCCCCUUUCCGGGCCGGGUCGGAGGGUGAGCCAGGCUGGCACGGCGUGUCUGGCUCUAUCCCGACCCCGGAGCAGAUCCAGGAGGCCCUUCUGGAGCACGACCUCUACAUCUAUGCAGGGCACGGGUCGGGGGUGCGGCUCCUGGACAGACAGACCCUUUCCCGGCUGGAAUGUCGGGCCGUGGUGCUGCUCUUCGGCUGCUCCAGCGCUGCCCUGGCCCUGAGGGGGGGCCUGGAACCCACCGGGACUGUGCUCAGAUACAUCAUGGCCGGGUGCCCCCUGGUACUGGGGACGCUGUGGGACGUCACUGACCGGGACCUGGACCGCUUUGCCCAGGCCCUGCUGCGGGGUUGGCUGGGGGGAGGCCCCGGGACCCCCCUCCUGCCUCACCUGUCCCAGGCCCGCCAGGCCCCCCGACUCAAAUCCCUCAUCGGGGCUGCACCCGUGGCCUACGGGCUGCCUGUGAGCCUCAGCUGAGGGGGGUCCCUCCCAUUGUCUUUGGGGUUCCCCCAUUGCUUGUGUGGGCUGGAGGGUCCCCCAGUUGGUUUUGGGUCCCCCCUGUUACCUACAGGCUCCUCAUCUCCCUGUGGGGAUGGUUGGGGGGUCCCCCCCAUUGUUUGGAGAUUCCCUUGUUACCUUUGGGGUCCCCCCAUUGCCCUGCUGAGGAUUUCGGGGUCCCUCACCACCAUGGGGCCUUUUGGGGGUAUCUCUGUCUGUUUUGGGGUCCCCGUGCCUGUUUUGGGGAGUUUUGCACGCCUUAAUUUAUUUUAAUGAAAUUGGUUUUAUUCGAGUUUCUGCAACAAUUAAAUAAAUAAAAGCUG